ACGUACGAAACACGUUGCCAAGCAACAGUUUUUUACUGCAAUUGUCAUUCAGCACCUUAUAACUGUUCCACAUUUUUUACUACUGCUUUACUUACUCAUAACUUAAUUUCUCAAACAUGCCGCCUAAAAAAGAUAAAGGUAAGAAAGAGGAUCAUCUGGCUGGGGCAUUUACGGAAGUAGAAAGAACUUUUUUGGAACAAGAACUAGCGGAUUGUAACAGAAAGCUAGCGAGGCUACGGGCCACCGUCGAUGAGUACGAACAACAGAACGAUGACUUGCAGAAAGCAUACAAUAAGUUGGACGAGGAGCGCGCCGAUAUCAUUGCUUUCCUAAAAAAGAACCUUAGCGCCAAAAAUGAAGAAAACAAUGAAUUGAAAGAAACACUCAAAGAUCUCGAGGAGACCCGGGCUAAGGAAACUGUUAGGUUCAAAGAAACAAUAGCAGAUCUAGACAAACAUUUCAUACUAAUGAAGGACCAAUUGACGUCUGAGAACAAGCUAAUGGCGGGCAAGUUGAAUACUUUAGAAGAAUUUCGGGCCAUUAGAGAUGACCUCAUGAGAAAAUUUGAAAAACAGGAGCAAGACUUUACAGAUCAAGAAAUGAAAUACAAAAGAGUUAUUUAUGAAACCGAAAAGAAAUUCGUCAUCGGUAAAGAUAAAUUGAAAAAAGAAAUGGAAGCCAGUCUUUUAAAACUAGCACAAGACUUUCAAGACGCGACCGAAUUAAGAAUCGCCGCAUCUACACAUCGUGUGAUCAGAGAAAAUAUAGCGAUUAACAAUGAACUAGAUAGCAUCCUAUCGACUCAAUCUAAACUGGCGGAACAAAAUGAAAAAUAUAAAGAAAGCGAACGAACUGCGCGCAUUUCCAUGGAACUAGCAGAAGAAGAGAGAGAUAAGGCAAUAAACAAAAGCAUCGUGCAGCAAAAGGUUAUCAAUCAACUAACAACAGCAUUCCAAAGCCUCAAUAAGGAAAAGGCGAUUUUUGAAAAGAGAAAUUAUGACUUUGAAGUGCUACAGGCAAAAAUUCAAAAAUUAACAAAAGAAAAUGAAAAUUUGUGUUUGCAAGUCCGCAUUUUGGAACAAAACUUUCAUGCGAAAACGACCGACCAGAAUAAACACAUCGUUGAGUUUUCUAAAGUAAAGAAAGAAAAUGCAAAGUUAAAGAAAAUUUUGCAAGAAGCGGCUACGGCGGUCCAGGCCGCGUUAAAACUUGAUCAGUGGUCGUCGAUAGAUAUCACUCGAAAUGUCAUGGAUCGGGAAGUUUUGCUUUCUCGCUUGCUUGGAAUAAUAACCCAGUACCGACAAAUAGAGAAGGCCGAAUCAGCAGACACUUUGGUCUCCUUUGGAAGAAUAUACGAAGAAGGAGAUUUAGGAUUCAUUCCGAAACCGAGUUCUAAAAAGUCGAUGGGAUCUACUCUGUUCCUACCAUCGUCUAAAGAAACGAUCCUAAGUGAGAAGGAGAGCUUGCCCUCGGUGGCCGCCUCGAGAUCCUCUUUAGGUAGCAUUAAAACGAUACCCAGUUUGAAAGUGUUGCCCGCUGUGUCCGAUCAGGAUGUGGUUAUGAGAGAAAGCAGUCCGUCGUUGUUAUCAUCUUCUCGCUCGACUAAAACGCCAGAGACUGUUGAAAGCGAAGAGGACGAGGAGACAGAUGAUAUUGAAAAACAACUAAUGAAGAGUAAACUAGAAAUUCAAAAAUCUAUCAUGAAAGACUUGGCGUACUCACAGAUGACUUUGAGUUCUAAACAAAAAUUCUCUGAAGAUCGACAAAGGUCUUUACUUUCUAAGAUAGCUAUUGCCGAAGCCAGUGAAGCUGGAGAGGGAGAUAAGGAUGGAGAUGAAAGUAAAGAUAUAAAUAAGAACGACCAAGAAGAAGACCAAAAGAUUAAUGAACAAAUUUCUGAGCAAACUGGCAGUGCUGAUGAACAAGCAGACCAAUAACAACUUAACGAUAUUUAUUCAUAUCUUUUUAUAAUGAUUUAUCAAAGUUAUUCAUUUUAAAAGUUUGAAUGUUUUUUCUAUUAUUUCUUAGUUAUUUACCUAGUUUUGUAUUCGAUUUUAACUUAUUUUAAAAUAUACUUUAAGAACGCAAAAGGUGAUUUUUUAAUUCAAACACACAAUUUCUUUUUCAAUACUGAUGUGUAUGAUAUCGCAAAUGUGUUAAUGUAUAGAAAAUAAAUAAGUGAAUUUUGAAGUUAGCCUUGGACGUGUGCAGCUCUGUUUAUGACUUAGUAUUGUUUUAUUGAGAUCUUAUCUCGCUAUUUUCUGAUUUCAACUAUGUACAUAUAUCAUACCAAAUUCUGAAUGGUAUGUUACAAAUGACGUAUAAGCUACGUCAACACAAUUGAAUGAAAUUAUCAAUCAAAUGUUUUAUCUUUAUCACAUUGUACUUUAGACAUGUUACAUCGACUGAGGAAAGCUAAAACAUAAUUUUUUAGUAACUGAAUAUUGCCACAAUAAAUGACGAUCAAUGAGAAAACAAAAACGUGCCAUAGAAAUAUAUGACACUAACGGACCCUUUCAUUUCUUUUCAUUAUUUCCCAAAAGUCUAUUAGUAGGCAAUUUUGAGAAGUUAUUUUCGAUAGGGACAUAAAUCGCGAAUUGGGGUUCUCUAUUCAAAAGUGUCUUACACUUUUUACACAAACUUUUGUAACGUUUUUAUAUUUAGUGACGUAUUUUUAACAUUAUUUGCUGUUAACUUUGUCUCAUGUUUACAAUAACUUUUGUAAAUAAAACAUAAACAGUACACUCGAUGCAAUAAAUAAAAGGAUAAAAGUUUGUUCCCAUGCGGCUAAUGCUUUAAACACAGAUAAAAAAUGUUAAAAAAGUUAAUUAAACAAUAAUAACAAAAUAAUUGCGUAUUCUUAUAUCUUUAAUGUACAUUUAUUGUUACUUUGUAGUCUUGUUUAAGUUCAUGUUAAGUCUGAUUGGACAUAAAAUUGUUUUCUAUUUUAAAUACAGCAUUUGCAAUGUGUUAUGUUUCAGAGUAAUUUUUUAAACAGUCCUUAUAUAUCAUAAUGUAAAUAUAUAAGCAUCUUAUCAUAUAUUUACAUAUAUCGUUAAUUUUGUCUAACAAAAGAGAAAGUUCGAAAGUAAUUACUUGUAAUACACAUAGCAGGUUUCAAACUGCCUUCAAAAAAGUCAAACAACGUACUCCAUGAUUACGACUAAAAG